UUGGGCUGGGUCGGUCGGUAGUUCCGCUUCCCUUCCGCCAUAGCGGUAUCCUCCCCGGGCCGCACAGAAAUAAGAAAAGUUGCUCUGUAAAUAGUUGUAGCCACGUUUUUUCCAACUCAUCUGUACGCGGUGUACCACCAGAUGCCCCGAGUCACGGAAGAAGUACUUUUAACGGAUUUACAGACGUUUUCGAGGCGGAGCGGCCGGGAGAGAAGUCCUGCUCAAGUUUAACGGUUGAGGAGUCUCCGGUGAGCCCGUCCGUUACCCCGGUACCUCGACGGUGCUUCCGUCCUCUUCCGCUGUCUUUUUCGGCUCAUCCUCCCGUAGCGCAUGAGCACGCCCGUGCCUCAUGCUGGUGUGAGCGUUGCCUCGCACCCUCUGUUUGUCGUCCGCUGUGCCCCCUCCCCACCCUCUUCACCCUGUGAGGCUCACAACAACAACAACCACCUCUAAUGAUGUGUGAUAACGGAGACCCCGAGGAUAAACCCCCGGCCCCUCCGGUCAGGAUGAGCAGCACCAUCUUCAGCACCGGCUCCGGCAAAGACUCGCUCUCAGCCAACCACAGCUCCAAACCGCUGCCGUCUGUGCCCGAGGAGAAAAAACCUCGCAACAAAAUCAUCUCAAUCUUCUCCGGGGCUGAAAAAGGUGGUCGAAAGAAAGAUCGAGACAAAGAGCGACCCGAGAUCUCACCGCCUUCAGAUUUUGAACACACCAUACAUGUCGGGUUUGAUGCUGUCACGGGGGAGUUCACUGGCAUGCCGGAGCAAUGGGCUCGACUACUCCAGACCUCGAACAUCACCAAGUCAGAGCAGAAGAAAAACCCGCAGGCCGUGCUCGACGUCCUGAAGUUCUACGACUCUACAGGCAACGGCCGGCAGAAGUACCUCAGCUUCUCAUCUUCUGAAAAAGACGCAUUCACUCCAGGGCCUCAGUCUCCUGUCAAAAAAGGCACUGAACCCUCUUCUCCGACUAUCAAACACAUUGAUGAUGAUGAUGACGAUGAAGCUCCUCCUCCUAUUGUGGCGCCGAGACCAGAACACACAAAGAGUGUGUACACUCGCUCCGUUAUCGACCCCAUCCCUGCUCCGAGCACAUGUCCAGACGGAGAUGCUGCCUCCAAGGCUGCAGACAGACAGAAGAAGAAGGGCAAGAUGUCGGACGAGGAGAUCAUGGACAAACUGAGAACGAUAGUCAGUAUUGGAGAUCCCAAAAAGAAAUACACCAGAUAUGAGAAAAUUGGUCAGGGGGCUUCAGGAACAGUAUUCACAGCCAUCGAUGUCGCCACAGGACAGGAGGUGGCCAUUAAACAGAUCAACCUACAGAAGCAGCCGAAGAAGGAGCUGAUCAUCAACGAGAUUCUGGUGAUGAAGGAGCUGAAGAACCCAAACAUCGUCAACUUCUUAGACAGUUUCCUGAUGGGGGAGGAGCUGUUUGUGGUGAUGGAGUAUCUGGCCGGUGGCUCGCUGACAGACGUGGUGACGGAAACCUGCAUGGACGAAGCUCAGAUCGCUGCUGUCUGCCGAGAGUGUUUGCAAGCGUUGGAGUUCCUGCAUGCGAACCAGGUCAUCCACAGAGACAUCAAGAGUGACAACGUGUUACUGGGGAUGGAUGGUUCUGUCAAGCUGACCGAUUUUGGCUUUUGCGCCCAGAUCACCCCGGAGCAGAGCAAACGUAGCACCAUGGUGGGCACGCCGUACUGGAUGGCCCCUGAGGUGGUGACCAGGAAGGCCUACGGGCCCAAAGUGGACAUCUGGUCGCUGGGGAUCAUGGCCAUCGAGAUGGUCGAAGGAGAGCCGCCCUACCUGAACGAGAACCCACUACGAGCGUUAUACCUGAUCGCCACAAACGGCACGCCUGAGCUGCAGAACCCCGAGAAGCUGUCUCCGGUCUUCAGAGAUUUCCUCAACCGCUGCUUGGAAAUGGACGUAGAGAAAAGAGGCGGAGGCAAAGAGCUGCUGCAGCAUCCGUUCCUGAAGCUGGCGAAGCCGCUCUCCAGCCUCACGCCUCUCAUCCUGGCAGCCAAGGAGGCCAUGAAGGGGAACCGCUAGCUGGAGUCAGCGCCCGCCGCCCCUCGCCAUGCUGUGCACACACAUGUGCCAACCAUUUAGAUUACGUGCCAGACAAUAGGCUGAGAGUGACUCGCCGCCACUCCUGACGCAGCAGCAGCCUUAUAAAGCCCUGACAAACCUCACUGUGAAGAAGACCAAAAAAAACAUAGAGCACAACUCCACCGCUGUCCACACGAACUCUAUUCUCACUCAGACGUCAGAAGACAAGUCAAACUGAAGUGCUUUAGUUUUUGAGUCGGGCAUAGUUAUUUUGUACAACAGAUCUCCUGGUGACACGUUCGGGCUAGGCUUGUAUUUAACUUGGAAUGAAGAAGAUGCCUAGUUCUAUUUAGUUUUUUUAAUCAACUGCCUUAAACAAAUGUUGCCUAAUGUAUUGUUGAUUGUGUCGAUGUUCCUCCUCCCAUGAUUUUUACUACCUUUGUAAUUUACCUUCUCAGCUCGUCAGUGUCUUAGUUAUUUUGAUACUUGAAUUUCAUAUUUGUCCCCCUCCUUGUUAUAUAUAUAGUCGGUUUCAUUCAGUUGCUAUUUCCACAUGUUUUACGGACAUUUUUCUCUCACCGGUUUUUAUAGGAAACAUUUCAGAGCAUUCAUGGACGUGUGAUGUUGUCGUAGCGGACAGACCUACUGAACCCGUUCUUUAGUCUCCUGAUACCAGAGGUGCACCUUACAGGCAAAUUAUGAUGUUAGAUUGACAGGGUUUAUACUUUCUUCUUUAUUGUUGUUAUUAAAAAUGAGUAUUGUAUGUUGAACUUCUGUCCUUUGUGUUCUUCUGGACUAAACAAAUGCGCUUCCCCCUCCCCCCAUGUGUGUAUAUUGUGUACUUAAUGUUUAGUUUGAAGAAGUAAAAAAAAAAAAGAAGUGGCCAUAUCUUAGUGGUUAGCUAUCGAAGGCUGGUGAAGACAAUUUGUUGACUUGUUUGUUUUUGUUGUUUUUUUUUAUUAUGGGCGACUAACAACCUUGUCUGCGCACUCAAAUAAAUGCAACUGUUAGUGCU